UCCUUUAGCAAACACCUUCUCAUAUGAGGGCAUGAAUGAAGCUGAAGGACUCAUUCCUUGCUUCUCAUAGUCAACAGAGGAAGAGGUCAGGUUGGCUUGAAAGCAGGAAGAGAUUGCCUGUCUUCCAGCCAAAUCCAGCCUCCAAAAUGAUCCAGGUUCUCUUGGUAACCAUAUGCUUAGCAGUCUUUCCUUAUCAAGGGAGCUCUAUAAUUCUGGAAUCUGGGAACGUUAAUGAUUAUGAAGUCGUGUAUCCACAAAAACUCACUGCAUUGCCCAAAGGAGCAGUUCAGCCAAAGUAUGAAGACACCAUGCAAUAUGAAUUUAAAGUGAAUGGAGAGCCAGUGGUCCUUCACCUGGAAAAAAAUAAGUAUGAAUUAUAUCUCUCUGUAUAUUCUGAAACUUUCCUUACCAGCUUUAACCAGUGUAGUCCUCUUGUCUCCCUCCAGGAUCACUGCUAUUAUCAUGGACGCAUCCAGAAUGAUGCUGACUCAACUGCAAGCAUCAGUGCAUGCAAUGGUUUGAAAGGACAUUUCAAGCUUCAAGGGGAGAUGUACCUUAUUGAACCUUUGAAGUUUUCUGACAGUGAAGCCCAUGCAGUCUUCAAAUAUGAAAAUGUAGAAAAAGAGGAUGAGGCCCCCAAAAUGUGUGGGGUAACCCAAACUAAUUGGGAAUCAGAUGAGCCCAUCAAAAAGGCCUCUCAGUUAGUUGUUACUGCUGAAGUAAGUCACAUAGCAAACAUGGUUUGAGAACCGGGAUUCAUUUACUUGUUUCUAAAAUGUAAAGUAAGAGAGAAAUUCUUUGGGGAGGGGUGAUUAGAUAGAAUUCCAAAGGGAAAACCUCCCAUUUCUAUCUUUUUAUUCUAGCCAUGGUAUAAAAGAAAUAAUGGAAACAUGAUGAACAGAAAAUACAUAUUCCAGGCUUAUAGCAUUUUCUUUGGUCAUACAGAUUUGAAUCAAAAU